GUCUCUAUUUUAGCACUAUACCCUUAAUAACUAUUUGCUACUACCAUAUUGUUUCAACACGUGCGCUAUAGUUAACUGCGGAAUUAUUAAAUAAAUCACAAAGGAUAAAAUCGAAUAUAGGAAUACAUCGAACGCAAGCAUGCGCGGCCUGGCAGUGACUGUGGCCGCUGUAUCGGUGUUGUACCUGUCAAUGGUUCUGGGUGCUGAUUACAAGACUCUGGACGUGGAUAACUUAAUGCUUCUGAAUGUAGCGGUGAAGGGACGACUUGUUAACAAAAUGACAGCUGCGAUCGAAGAAGCACAGAGAACACGGCACGGUCUAGCAGAGAGCGUCAAAGACUGUCUUGUAAAAGCUUCGGCCGGUCACGUGGUAUGCCGUGAGUGUGUUCGAAACCUCUGUGAGAAACGAACGCUGCAGUGCAAUGGUAAUAUAACCAAUGUAGAAACUAUAUUGAAACGAGAGGAAGAAACCCCGAUUCCAGAAGUCAAAAUGGUUGAACCGGAUGUAAAGUUGGCUGAAUCGGUGAUAGAAAUGUCAAAAACAGCGGCCAACGACAUAGUGCAAGACGUACCGCAAACACUACAGGACCAAGGCCAUAACAUCGUGGAGAAAGCCGAAACAGAGUCCAAACUAGAGACGCUCAGGCGCACUAUCGGAGAAGGCUUCAACAAGGCCUUGGACACCAUUCCAAAACUGAUUCCCCAAGUUAAAGAUGCGUUCAUUACCAUGGAAACACAAAUGUCUGAUCCUCAGACCAUUGAUCGACUGGCUAACGACGCCGCUCAGCAGGUUGCCACAGCAAUGCAAGGAAAACAGGAAGUGGAGCACCAGUUGAAUCGCCAGAUGAACGUACUGCAUCAAAACAUUCCUCAGAUCAUGAACACGGUCAAUGCGCAUGUCUCCAACAUCAUGUCGUCUGUUUCCUCUUUCAUGAAGUCGGCAGUUACUAAAAUUUCCCAGAUAGAAGGUGGCGAAGACCUCGUCAAGGUUUUCAACAUUCCAAAUUCCGAUAAACAAUGGUCUUCAUCCAUUGUCUCGUUACACGUCAUGAAACCGGACGGGGAAGUGACGUCAUGGAGUAAUCGUCAAAACCAGUUACUAGCACAGGAAGGUUCAUUCAGUCAGAAUCACGUCGCUUCCGGUCAAUUUAAUCAGAUCCCGGGUGGUCCACAGAUGUCGCAAAUUCCGACGACAAAUCUCAGGGAGUUCCCCACGGCCCAGCCAAACAUCCCCACCCAAGCACGAUGGCGAUUGCAAAGAAGUUCUAAUGACGUCAGCUGUGAUGACAUAGAUAAAGACCCAAAAGAGGCUUGUGAAAACUAUCAUUUCCGGUGUCAGGCAUGCGCAAACGAUACGAUUCUUUUGCAACAUAGUUGCGGAAAGACGGCGCUGAAAAAGAUGGUGGACAUAAAGAUGCUGGAUAUGAGAACGGCCAUGUACGUGACAGUGUACACGAAGUACGUUCGAAGCGGCCUGGUCGUGCAACAGGUGAAGUUCGAUGAAGAUAGUUACGAUUCAGUCAAAAGCGUAUACAGAUCUGCGUUCAUUACUGCAAAAAUUGGACAGAAAAUAAUCACCUAUGAAACAUCAGCUUUACCGACAUUCACUGACUUAACGACUUCCGGUGGUGAGAUCGGCGAAGAAUUGUGGGAAAUCAUGAACAACGAAGACGAAUUCGAGCCUGGCUAUUUUGUGAAAUCCUUUGAAAACGAACUUGCAGGAGCUUUCAUGCUUCGGCAUCCUUCGGCGAACUCCGGCAGUGUGCAGUCAUCCGUAAACUCGGUAGUAUUCACCGUGACGGGACUUAUAUUAUACUUCGGAUUCCUUGUCCUGUGACAAGAAUUGAUUUUCUUUCUAUACACAGGUGUUUAAGAACAGGACCCCCCCCCCUGAUAGUUGACUCCCCUUCUAAUAAAAGUUUCUUUAAUGUCAUGAAAACAACAUGUACCCUUCCUAAAUGUAUCUGAAAAUUAACGGAAAAUAACGAUUUAUGUAAAACGCCCCAAAAUUGCAUGUAAAAAGAAAAUGAUAUAAAGGUAUUCCACUCCGCUAGGUAACUGUGACGGAAGUAAAUAUCUUUCGGUCACUACGAUGACAUAUGAGAAAAUCAGUUUACAUAUAUAUAUUGGCACGCAAAAAGACUCCUCAGAUUUUAUGCUUCAAGGAUGUACAUUACGUCACUGAAAGCUCUUGAAUUCCAUCCUAGUACCUAGCUUGUCUUCAAAAAACUCAUUUGACAUGGUAAAGUAGACUAACAGAGGAACACACGUUCAGUUUAAAAGAAUUAUGAGAAUAAGAUAAAACCGUAUAUCCGGUUUUUUUUGCGUGUCACAAAAUUUUUGAAAAUGGGGGAAAUAUGUAGCAUUUUUAAUUUGCGUCAGUCAUUUUUUGCGAUUUUAAAAGUUUCUUAUGGAAAAUGUUACAGGAUAUAAUUUCUGCGUAUUCAAUAUUUGAAGAGUUGAAAUAGCUGAAAUAGUUCGCGAAAACAAAAAGAGGAACGAAAAUUGGAUAAUCGCGAAAAUUACCGAAUAUAUGGUAUCAACCCGUGCUAGUUGGAUACAUAUGGCGGAUACAUGUUUAUUAAUCCAAAAAUGACGAAUGGGAAGUUAUGUGAACAAACGUACCUGAGUGGCAUAGAUGUGCCUUUUCUCUUUUUAUAUGCAAAUUUAGGGAGGGGGUACAUAAUUCGAUUAUUAUCUGUUCAUUUUCAGAUAUGACUUUAGUGGAAUUUCUAUCAAAAGGAGAGUCAACUACCCCGGGGGUCUAAAUCGGGAGAUGGGGGUGGGGGUUGUCCUGUCCUCAAGCACCUGUACGUGUGUUUCUAUAGACAUGCUCACGGUUUCAUGUAUUGUUAAGUAAAAUUUUUGUUUGGAUUUUUUUAAAAUCCUGUAUAAUAAAUCGUUGGAUUUUUUUUCACUUUUGAAA